CUUGGUCUCCCCUUUGCGCAACAAUCGACCACUGACCUCUUUUCUUCUUUCUUUCAUAGGCAACACCUCAAGCGCGGCUAUUGCUCAAACGCAAACAACAGCCUCCCCGCUCCCCCCCUCUCUCUCCCUCCGACACCCUCCCGUUCUUCUUAUAAUCAGCUGCCAAAAAUCUGCUAUAGGCAACAACGUAAACCCCACGCUGGCAACACACACCUCUUAACAAACAUGGACGUUGCCACCCUUUUCUCCAAUAUCCUCUCCCAAGACGAGGCGACUCGUAACACGGCUACUCAGCAGCUCGAGGCGGCUGAGAGGGACAACUUUCCCGCCUACCUCCACACUUUGGCCACAGAACUUGCCAACGAGCAGGCACUUCCUCACAUCCGCAGGGCCGCAGGUCUUGCAUUCAAGAAUGCUCUCUCAGCCCGAGACGCCGUUAACCAGCCCGCUCUCUCUGAACGAUGGCUGAGCCUUCCCGAUGACGUCCGCAACCCUCUCAAGCACACCCUCCUGCAGUCGCUCGCCUCGGCUGUUCACCAGGCCGCGUCGGUCUCUGCCCAGGGUGUGGCUGCUAUCGCCGCGAUUGAACUUCCUCACGGCGGAUGGCCAGAGCUCAUCGGCCAGCUCCUCGAGUUUGUCCAGAACCAGGAGAACACGCACCUCCGUGUUGCCACCCUCCAGGCCGUUGGUUACAUCUGCGAGGUUGUCCAACCCCAGUUCCUUUCGGCUCGCUCGAACGAGAUCCUCACCGCUGUCGUUCAGGGUGCGCGCAAGGAGGAGCCCAGCACCGAUGUCCAGUCGGCUGCUAUCAACGCCCUUUACAACUCGCUCGAGUUCAUCCGCGACAACUUUGAGCGCGAGGGCGAGCGCAACUACAUCAUGCAGGUCGUCUGCGAGGCCACUCAGUCGUCGUCGGUCACCGUCCAGGUCGGCGCCUUUGAGUGUCUGGUCCGCAUCAUGUCUCUGUACUACGAGAACAUGGAGUUCUACAUGGAGCGCGCUCUGUUCGGAUUGACCAUCAUGGGCAUGAAGAACCCCGAGGAGCGUGUCGCCCUCCAGGCUAUCGAGUUCUGGUCGACUGUCUGCGAGGAGGAGAUUGAGAUUGGCAUCGAGGCCCAGGAGGCCCUCAGCUACGGAGAGGAGCCCGCCAUCGAGUCCAAGCACUUUGCCAAGAUGGCCUUAAAUGAGAUUCUGCCUGUGCUGCUCGAGCUGCUCCAGCAGCAGGAGGAGGACGCUGACGAGGACGAGUGGACCAAGUCGAUGGCUGCCGCUUCGUGUCUCGAGCUGCUCGCCCGCAACGUCGGCGACGCCAUCGUCCAGCCCGUUGUUCCCUUCGUCGAGGCUGGUAUCCGUCGCCCCGAGUGGCAGCACCGUGAGGCCGCCGUCAUGGCCUUUGGCUCGAUUCUUGACGGCCCCGACUCGACCACCCUCGCGCCUCUGGUUACCCAGGCGCUUGGUGCCUUAAUCGGUAUGCUCCAGAACGACCCCGACAUCCACGUCCGUGACUCGGUCGCCUGGACGCUGUCCAAGAUCACUGAGCUCAUGCUCGACGUCAUCGACUCGAGCAUGCACCUCCAGAGCCUUGUUACUGCCCUCGUCAUGGGCCUGAGCAGCUCUGCCCGUAUUGUCAACUCGUGCUGCUCGGCCCUCAACAACCUUGUCUCGCAGCUCCUGCCUGCGGGUGACUUUGGCGACGAGCCGCCCACCUCGCCCAUGUCGGUCUACUACGAGGGCGUGUUCAAGGCCCUCAUGCCCGUUUCGGAGCAGCCCAGCAAUGAGUCCAACUGCCGCUCGGCCGCCUACCAGACCAUCUCGACCUUCAUCUCGUGCUCGGCUGCCGACACUCUGCCCAUUGUUGAGCAGGUUGCUGUUGCCAUCCUUGGCCGCCAGGAGGCCCUUAUCGGCAUGCAGAACCAGCUCCUCGGCAUGGACGACCGCAACAACUGGAACGACAUGCAGAUCAACAUUUGCGUUGUUCUCCAGUCGUUCAUCCACAAGUCGCCUGCCCUCGUUGCCCCUUACGCCGACCGCAUCAUGACCAACCUGCUCACUGUCAUCUCGAGCUCGGCCAAGCACGGUGGUGUUCUCGAGGACGCCCUUGCGACUGUCGGUGCCCUGGCUGGCGCUCUCGAGGGUGGCUUCCUCAAGUACAUGGAGGCAUUCGCUCCCUUCCUCUUCCAGGCGCUCACCGUCUUCGAGGACUACCAGGUUGUCCAGGCGGCCGUCUACUGCGUUUCUGACGUUGCUCGCUCGAUUGGCGAGGGUCUUGUGCCCUACGCUGAGCGCACCAUGGUCUCUCUGAUCGACAUCCUCCGCAGCCCUGUUAUCCAGCGCCAGGUCAAGCCUACGGCCAUCACUGCCAUUGGUGAGGUCGCCCUGGCUAUUGGCCCCGCAUUCGUUCCCUUCCUCGACACGACUAUGAACAUCUUGUCGCAGGCCGGCAACACUGCGUCGUCUGCUACCGACAUUGCGCUCAACGAGUUCGUCUGGACCAUGCGCGAGGCGAUUGUCGAUGCCUUCAUUGGCAUCCUCAACGGCCUCAAGGGUUCGGACCCCACUCCGUUCCUUCAGUUCGUUCCCGGCAUUCUCAACUUCCUCCGCCAGUGCCUGGGCGAAGAGGAGCGCACUGAGGAGUUUGUUGCCGCCGCUCUGGGUCUCAUUGGUGACUUUGGAGACACCUACAAGGGAGCUGUCCGCGACGAGCUGCUCCAGGAGUGGGUUCAGUCGGCCAUCCAGGUUGGCCGCCAACGCGGUGCUUCAAAGCAGUCGCGGUCCAACGCGGCGUACGCGCAGCGAACCAUCCGGGAUCUCUCCAAGUAGAGAAAACCCAUUGAUACCCCGGCAUUCUUUACGAUUUGAUUGAAGAAUACACACCUCUUCCGUUCCCCGACACGUCCCCGACCACACCCCUUCCCCC